UGUAGUGUGUUGACACAGAACCUCACUAGAAUCAAAGCAAAGAAAUAGACCACAUUCAACUUCAAGACAUUUUCACUCCAAUUUCUUUUUUAACAUCAUGGAUGUGACAGAGCUGAGGAUUGUCAUGAUUGGAAAAACUGGAGUUGGGAAAAGUAGCCUAGCUAACACAAUAUUUGGAGAGGAUGUGUUCACAAUCAACCAUAUUUCCAACGCUGAAACAAAAGAAUGUCAAGCUCAAACCAGAUCUGUCAAUGGAAGAAGCAUCACGUUGGUCGACACUCCUGGUUUCUUUGACACAAACAUGUCCGAAGAGAACCCGAGGACUGAGAUAGUGAAGUGUAUCACUGAGCGUGCUCCUGGGCCUCAUGUUUUUCGUAUUGUGCUUGGAGAGAAGAGAAGUGGAGUGGAGAAAUUCACCAAGCAGGAGAAUGACGUCAUCAGGAAAAUAUGUGAAUAUUUCCCUGAAGAAGCUUUCAAAUACGCUGCAGUUGUCUUCACUCAUGGUGACCAGCUCCCUGAAGGGAUGACAAUUGAAGAGUUUGUCAGUCACAAUUAGGGUCUGAGUGAUGUGGUGAAGACGUGCGGCGGCCGGUGCCACGUCAUUGAUAAUAAAGACUGGAACAACAACCAACCUGAUGAAUACAGGAGAAACCAGUUCCAGGUGGCAGAGCUACUCAACACCAUAGACAAGAUAGUGAUGGAAAACAAAGGAGGCUACUACUAUUUUCCAGACAGAAGAAUUGUCCUGCUGGGAAAAACUGGAGCUGGGAAAAGCAGUACAUCCAACACCAUAUUUGGAGAGGAUGUCUCCAAGAUAAACCAUGAUCCAAACCUUGGAACAAGUCAAUGUGCAGGAGACACCAAAACUGUCAAUCGAAGAAGCAUGCCUUCAAUUGUGAUGUUUGACGAUAGUGACAAGCCCGAAUUUAAAAUAAACAAUUUUCAUGACUUGAAACCACAUUAUUCUGAAGCAGAAACCAGAUCUGUCAAUGGAAGAAACACCACUUUGAUCGACACUCCUGGUUUCUUUGACCCACACAUGUCAGAGGAGGAGCUGAGGGAUGAGAUAGUGCCUGGAUUAGGUAUAGCUGCAGGAGUUGCUGCCUGAAAAGGAGCAGUAGUAGGUGGUUGUAUAGGAUAUUGGGAAGCUGUUCAAGCAGACUCAGUGUGGGAGGCAGCAAAGAACAAAGUAAAGUCUGUUUGGGACAAAGUUGUACAAAGAUUUAAAAAACUACAAAUCAAGAAAAAGCAACAGUAAAAGUGAAGAGAAUGGGCAACGUCUGACAGACAAGUGGAAUAAAUUGACUGUUAUAGUGUUCUUGUUACUAUACUGUUCUAUAUAUUGCUUUUAUUCAAACGCUUUACAAUUUGCCUCUCAUUCAUCCAUUCCUAUUGUAUGGGAACUAUAUUUGCUCCUAAAAUUCUAACAUCUACUAAUAAUCUUUAGUCACAUACAGUAUGUGUCCAUCUUGGAUCAAAACAAGGCGAAGCAGGGAAACAAAUGUAGAAGUUAGUUUCUGUUUCACUUGACACUCCUUGUGAACAAUAUCCUACUGUAGUGUAUCUUCUUUUGCCAGCUAUUCUUAUAAAUA